ACGUAAAUUUUAUUAGCAUUUGUUUUAGUGAAUAAUGUAUGUGGUGUGCAGUGAUCUAAUUAAAAUCCCCAAUGUGUAACAAAAGCUCGUGAACGCCUGUGACGGACGGCAUCAAGGGCGCAGCAGCCUCCAACGUAGAUCGCAGACGAGCGAAGCUGGCUGUCGGCCGCAUCAUUGCGACGCCGACGCUCUGCUACGGCGCACGCUUCGCUAGUCCAUGAAAAAUAAUAAACAAUGCCCAACACGCCGAUCGAUGCUCACCACCUGUUGUGAACAUUUGUAUAUUAAAUUGUUAUACAGACACCUUAGUUAUGUUUAUUUUACAAACAAUGCGGUGCCUUAUUUUUGUGAGUGUUAUUGUGACCAUCAGUGCCGAAAUCAUCCCGGGAGCCACCGUAUUUCACAAGUGCUGUUCGGAUGGACAAAGUUUAGUUAAAGUUUCGGAUACUGAAGACUUAGAAGAUGGAUCAUACCAGUGCAUAAAUCGUGUAGGUGCCUUGAUUAGUUAUAAUGUAACAAUUUCUCCCCUUGUCGUUGGUAAGAACGUGCUGGCGGAGUACGGCAUACCUUCAGAAUGUGAAGAAGUGCAAAUGGUACACCUGAUAUCAUCGGAAUCAGAUAAUAGGUUCACAAUCAAAAACACCUGCUACGACAGGCUAGAAUUAGAAAUUGUGAAUGGAACAUUGAAACCCUAUAUUCCACAAGUUGUCGGUUUAAGUUGCGUUAAAAAUGAGACAGAGAGCUCUACAAAACAAGAACUAGCCGUGAACCAUUUCCGGAAAUGCUGUCCAGCUUUACAAAGUUACGAUACCGAGUUUCAUGUGUGUAGAAGUGAUUCCAAUUCUACGGAAGAGUUUCUAUUCGAGCGUUUCAAAUUAAACGACAAUAGUAUUUAUGAAAUCGACAAUGGAUUGAACUGUAAAAUAGAUCAAUACAGUAUAGAAUUAACUCAGGAAUUUUACUCUUUAGUGGUAGAUGGAAGUAUUUUGAAGGUUAAAAGACGGGAUGGAGGUGGAGGUGGUGAUAUUGCUUCAGGGGAAUGGUGUGUAGACCAACAAUAUGGAAGUAGUGGGCUUGUUGCGCGUGUGUGUUCUCUUGAAUGUGCCAAGUAUGGUGCUUAUUGCGUGAGGAAGUGCUGCCCUAUUGGUCAUCAUUACCAGCCUCGACGAUGUGGCAGUUUCGUUAGUAAAUGUGUGCCUAACAAGCCGGACGAUGUCGUUCUGUUCAACAUUACGGACUACUUGGAGCCAUUGCUACACAAAACGCCGAAUAUAGCCGAUAUCAUGGGAAUCCGCACUGACCUGCAUUGUCCCGAGGGUCGUAUUGUGCUAAACAAGUCGAUUGCACGAGACCGUCAUCAUCUGGACCACGAAGGACACCUCGUCUCUCCAAUUAGCUUCGGAGAUGGCUAUUGUUUAGAAGCCUUUGACAACCGUCAAUGUCCUGAAAACAACAUUUUCACUACCGCCGUCAACUGUUUCGUGAAGGCUCCUACAGCCGUGAAGAACUUCAAAAUGUCUCUCAUAUCUAUCUGCAUAUCCAGCGUAUGCCUGGCGCUGACGCUGGUGGUGUACAUGUCACUGCCCGAGCUCCGCAACCUGCACGGGCGCACGCUCAUCUGUCACGUCAGCAUGAUGCUGCUCGCCUUCUGCUGCCUCGCGCGCGUGCAGUACAACCACGUGCCCAACGCUACUAUCUGCACACUACUCGGGUACGGGAUCUACUUCGGGUUCGUGGCUGCGUUCGCUUGGCUCAACGUCAUGUGCUUCGACAUCUGGUGGACAUUUGGGAGUGUACGUACAGUGCAGCCGAUGCGCAAGGCGGACGCAGAGCUCCGCCGGUUCCUGUGGUACUCGCUGUACGCCUGGAGCUCCUCCAUCCUGCUGACCCUCAUCGUGUACCUCUUCGACAAGUACCCCGUCACCUCCGUCCUUGAUGCUAACGUGGGCGUCGGGAUGUGCUGGUUCGGUACAUUUCAGAACACCCGUUCGGAUUGGCCGCACUACAUAUUCUUUGUGAUACCGAUGGGUCUGGUGACCUGCACCAACUUUGUGUUGUGGGUGCUCACGGCUCGGCACUGCGCUCGUGUCAAGUCCGAGGUCCAUAGACUGCAGGCUGGCUCCGUAGGGGACCGGGCCAAGAGACGCUUCCGAGUCGACAGAGCCAAAUACGUCUUGACUGGCAAGCUGUGGGUGGUGAUGGGCGCGGGCUGGAUCUCCGAGCUGCUGUCCACCCUGGUGACGGACCCGUUGUGGCUGUGGAACAUCAUCGACCUCAUCAACGAACUUCAAGGAGUCUUCAUAUUCCUCAUCCUAGUUAUGAAACCUAAGCUUUAUUACCUCGUGCGGAAGAGGCUAGGGCUGGAGAAACCCGACGCUCAGAAGAACGGGACGUCGUCGUCUGCGCGUACUUCGUCCACAUUCCUGUCUCGAGCAAUCAGCACGGACGAGAGAAACAACGCCCGCCUUUCCUUACAGAACAAUAUUAAGCAAUCAUAAUCUCCCACAUUAUACAAAAUUGUUUUACUAAUUGACGCCACUGUAGAAAAGUAAUCUAAAUUUAGAAAGCACGAGCUUUACAAGAUUUUAUUCUUUUGUCAAUGGCUGCCUGUUACGAAUUUUUGCAAGUAAAAUUUGACGAUGGCAGCUCCCAAAUGAAUUCAUAAAAUAAACUAAUAAUAUGAUCUAGUGAUAAACCCUGUAGAUAAAUUAGUUAUGGAAAUGAAUGAAACAAGGAAAGUGAUACGAAACUCUCAAGUACGGGCUCGUUUGAUUCGUGUUGGAAAGUAUGAUGAUGGGUUGAGUCCAAUAUGAUGGUUAUAAGGUCAACCACCAAGUCUUGAAGUACCACCACGACGCACCACCACUACGCUUUGACAACAAUAAUAAUCAUAUUAUUGUUGUCAAAGCGUGACAGCGCAAUAUACGGGGAAGAGCGGUAUCUCUCUUCGACAUACACAAUAAUCAUACUUUGAGCCGUGGCGGUGGUAGGCCCCAGGGAGCCUUUCCUUAUCUUAAAGUGAGACUGUGCCUUUUUAGCUUAUUACAUAACUACAAUAGUUAAGUUUACUAUGAGAUGAGGUUGAAGGCCUCGGGACUUAUACAAUAAUUGUUAAUUUCAAUUGUAAUCAGUUUAGGUUUUCAUCCGGCUCUGUUCUCGACACAAUAACAGCUUCCUGAUAGCAUGUUCGUGUUUGCAUCAAUGUCAUAUUUCCAUUAUAAAUCAUUACAAAAUUUAAUAUUGGUCUAGUCAUAGAGUAAGAUAGUGGUAUCAUGCGUGAAAGCGGCUGUUUUGAAUGUAUUUAUGUUAAGACCUUGGGUUCUGCGGCUUUUGUUAUUUUGGAUCCUGAACGGAAUGUAUUUAAGUAGAAAAGCAAGAGUUGUACUGUUAAUCUCAGAGUUGAUUCUGCAACUUUAAUUAUACGAGCUGUUAAGGUUGUGGGGCUACCACCAACUCAUCGUAAAACUGUAGUGGAAGCGUGACUCUCUUGUCUCCCUUUCACAAGUGAAACGGUAGGCCCCGGGGUUCCGAUUCUGAUAUUUACAAGGGCUGAUGAAUUAAUGGAGAUUUGAUUAAUGAAUUUCCAAUUAUUGUGUAAUAAUACAAAUAGUGUUAUAUUGAAUCCAGUAGCCAUUCAUUCGCCGGCCAUUGUAAGUAGUUUAAUUGUGGCCCAGAGCAUCAAAAGCCGCGGAUUACUGAAUGUUAGUGCCUUGAACGUGGCUUAAAUGAAAAUGUUGAGUGAGACUAUCUUUAGAGAUAUGUUAUGAUUGCCAACUUAUGUUUCAACUGAUUUACCUUUACUACCAAGUAUUUUUUAAGUAUUAAUUUGUAUUAUCGUUUAAUUUACUUCUGUAUUAUGAUUUAGUAUUACUAGAUACGUUUAAAUACAAUAAGAUUUCUUAAUUUAAUGUAGGAAGUUACUUUAGUAGUAUCGUACUUAUAAUUUCUUUUGAUUCAGUCUGAAAAUUUCUUGUUUAUUUUUGUACAGCUUCGGAAGAUCACAUUUUUAUGUUAAUCGAGUUUGAUUCUUAUCGAUAAGUACUUAAGUUCCAUAUUUUAGCUCAUUUGAUUCAACAAAUGGCUUGUCUGUCCAUAUGAUUACAAAAAAUAUGUCAAUCCGUAUAGAAAUACCAAAUAUGUGUGUUUAAAAUGCCUUCUUAAACACACAUAACCUAAAAAGUACUAUGAUUUAACUAUUAUGUACUCAAAAAGAUUGAUUGUCAUUUUAAAAAUUGUUUAUACAAAAGCAAUUAAGCAAGUAUUAAUGUCUAGUGUAUAAAAACAUAUUUGCACAGUUUAACUAUAACCAUUGCAUAAUUUUCUCAAAAUGGUUACUUGAAUAAAUGUCACUUUCGAUUAUUGUCACUUGUUUUAAAACUAUUUUCACUUUUAAACACCGUAUUAAUACUUUUUACAAUUACAAACUAGAGAAUUAAAUGUUAACAAGUACGAAACAAUAUUAAGACAAAAAAUCAAAAUUGGAAAAGACGAAAAAAUAAAGCUUUUUUCAUUCCA